CGUCCGCGACAGUUCCAGUGUAUUAUUUGCUUAUUCCUAAUAUUGAUUGUUCCUCCGCCUUGUUUGCCUGCCAAGUCAAACCCCCCGGCUUAACCUUAACUUAUCCACUCCUGGGACAAGGCACCUCUUGGUCAAUUUGGCGGGGUCCGAAGCAUCGCUCUAUCACCGGACAGAUUCACAACCAAGUGGGAUUACAGAACCAGCGCAUCGGCGAAUCAUGAGUGUUGUAUAAUAGAAAGUCGACUUUGUCUUUGGGUUCUACGAGCAGAUAUUUAUUCACGACAGGUCUGGAAGUAGGAAAGUAGAGUCAGGAUGAGUUUCGGUGCAUCGCCCUCGGAUAUUAUCAUUGUGGUUACGUUUUGCAAAGCACUUUAUCGCAAGUGUAGAGAUGCCGGAGGAGAGUACGAUGAGAUCAGUCGCGAGGUUAGAGGUAUGUGCUCUUCCCUUUGUAAAUACAACGUUUCCACAUCUCAGAAAUAGUUGGAACUGCGUCCGCCUGGCGUCGCAACAUGCCACCCCACUGUCUUACAAACAAUAUCUAACAAUAACAGGUCUUCACACAGUCCUCCGACACCUGAAAUACGAAGUCGAAGCUCCCGAAUCCCCCCUCAACCGUGAUCACUCAAUAUGGGGCCGUCAACUUGCUCCCAUAAUUGGAGACUGCGAUUUCACGCUCCGCCAACUCGAUGGCCUCCUCCAGAGAUACGGCCGCCUCUCCAGCGCCAGCUCCUCCCCAAGCAGUCCACGCAUUCUGUGGGAUAAGGUCAAAUUCGGCAGCAAUGAAAUGGAUACACUAGGCGCAAUCCGGGUAAAACUUAUAAGUCAUAAGACGAGUUUGACAUUGUUCUUGGAUACGAUACAAUUGCACGAGUCCGGCAAGAUGGCGCAAGUGUUGGAUAAUCAGGGCGGUCAACUGGACAUCAUAUUGGACAAGGUGGACGGGAUUGCGAAGAGAAUGGCCCCGCCGAGGAGGGAAGGGAGUGUGUUGACGAGUUAUGAGGAUGAUGAUCGGGAGGUCUGGAAGCAGUUUCGCAGGGAGCUCAUUCAAGAAGGGUUCUCGAGUGAUGUCUUGCAGCAACAUAAGGACGUUCUGAGAGCAUACAUUCGCGAGAUUGACCAGAAAGGAUUACUUGACGAUGUUUCGCCAAAUCCUCACACACCUCCCCAUGGCACAGGAGUCAACCCAGAGCGCUGGUUGGAGGCGGUCCGAACGGGAUCAUCUGCUGAUCCGCCGCCAUCGUUCAGCUCGAUAGGUGCAGCAACUGAUGAUAGUACUGCAAAAGAGAUGGUAAUCAGAGAAGACAACAUGAAAUUUCCCCAAUCUAUUAAGAGGGAAAGACCAAAGCCAGAGACGAGGCUUGAGGUGUCAAGUAGAGCUGUAAAAAAUAUAGAUCCCAACGUUCCAAGAAACAGAAGACCAAGCAGCAACAGCCAGAGACAUCCAUCCCCAGUACCCCGCCUAAUUACUUCUUCCGAUGAAAAGAACGAGAAAGACAUAUAUUAUGUCAAUACCGACGGCUCUGAUUCCGAAUCUGAAAGCGACACUUCCUCACGAGGUUCCAAACGUCCUGAGAUGGGUCUCGUAAUACGAACCACUGACCUCAUGGCCCCUACCCAAUCUCUCACUCUUCGACCUAUCUCGCCAUCCAGCUUCAGAAGCCCCCGUGGCUCGUUCGGUGAUGAUGAUGCCGUACGGUCUAUGGCGCAGCGUCAGAGAAAAUCGAUAGAGUAUGGUACAUCACCGUCAGGAUCCGGGGCCAUGAUGAUUCCUGUCCCUCCAAAUACGAAUCCAAAGACGUCAAUGGAUAGUCUGGCCACGAGCCCAAGACCGAAUACCAGUAUUCCGGCCAAACUCGCUCCUGAUGAGCAUGGGGAUGAGAUUUCGCCAGACGCUAAAUGGACAAAGAUCAAUCGACGAUUAGUGUCACCUGAGGUCUUGAUUCAAGAUGGAAGACGUUUCGAAGCUCGUCCAGAUUUCGUUGCUGUCCUCGGCGUCCUCAGCCGCGCCGAAAUCGAAUCCCUUGCCUCCCGCUCCUACGCCCUCCGUGAAGCCCGCCACCAACGAAACCAAUCCAAACCUCAAUCCUCUUCAUCCAACCAACCACCACCGCAACCACCCCGUCCCAAGACCCUGCCCAUCCCAGUCCCCAUCCCAAUGCCCAUACCCUCGCUCUCUGCCUCUCCCCGAGUCUCUUUCAACCGCCGCAAUCGAAGCGGAAGAGACACACCAUCGUCGUCCUCUCCUUCCGACUCCGAGGACUCUGAUGAUCAUGUAAGAGAUCUGGGUAUGGGCGGAAAGAGACGACCAAAAGCACCACGCAGUUACGCAAGUUCAAACGCCGGCGUACCUGUCUCUGGAUACCCGAAUCCAUACGGAUCACCUCUUCCACCUAGUCCGCUUUGGAGUCAAGGGAGUAGAGAUGGAUGGAACGGCCCAUCUUCACAUAACGACAAAGAUAGAGAAUUAAACGAGAAACCUCGAGAGCGAGGAAGCCACCGAGACCGAGACCGCGAUCGCGAUCGCGAGAGAGAUCACGACCGGGAGCGUGAUCGUGAUCAUGAUCGGAGGGAGAGGGAUCAUGAUCGGAAAGACAGAGAGAGAGAUAGAGAAAGAGAUAGAGAUAGGCGACGUCAUCCCUCGACAUCGACGUCGAAGACUUCAAGGACUGGUGAGCGUGGUCAUCAGAGAGAUCGGCUGCCGCCGCCUGUGCAGAAGGGAAGUCGUUGGAAGGAACAUAUGACUGCUGCUGGCAUUGGAGGCGCUGCUGCGAGUUUGAUCAAUGUUUUGACGGAGGCGGCAGAGGGACUGUGAAAUGUUUCUUUGUGUCACGGGUGGAGGAGUGUUAUUAUGUGAAUGAAUGAUGAUGAUGAUGCUGUUUGUUGAUGAUAUGAUUUAUGAUUGAUGGUCGAACCUGUUUAUGAGAGCGUUGUUUGAGAGGUUGUUGUUUCGAUACGCGGUGAAAUAGUAAAAACAGGAAAGCUCAAAACAGAGAGCGAAUAUUCUGGUAUUUGAUGUAGGAUAUAAUAGGAUAGGACAAGGUAUAGGAAAAUAGGAGAAUCAGAUUGCGAAGAAG